AUGCUCGAGCAGCCUCGGUCUAUGGCAGAGGAUGUCAAGCUGAAGGAUUACCAGUUGACUGGGCUUAAUUGGCUCACGCUUCUGUAUGAGAAAAAAUUGUCUGGCAUUCUCGCGGACGAGAUGGGUCUUGGAAAGACGUGUCAGGUUAUCUCUUUCUUGACGCAUCUCUUUGACUCGGGCAAGCGCGGAAAGCAUCUUAUUGUUGUCCCUGGCUCCACCCUCGAGAACUGGCUUCGCGAGUUCCAGCGGUUCUCGCCUGAAAUGGUCGUUGAGCCGUACUACGGUACGCAAAAGGAACGUGAGGAAAUGCGUGUUGGUCUCGAAGGUCGUGAUGAUUGGCAUGUCCUCGUGACGACGUACAACAUCGCCACUGGAGCGAAGCCUGACCGGAGUUUCUUGAGGCAAUUCAAGUUCGAUGUAUGUGUCUAUGACGAGGGACAUAUGUUGAAGAACAGUAUGUCAAAUAGGUACACCCACCUCAUGGCAUUGAAGGCGAAGUUCAGGUUGUUGCUUACUGGUACGCCUUUGCAAAAUAACCUCCAGGAGUUGAUCUCUUUGUUGUCGUUCAUGUUACCGUCACUGUUCGAGGAGAAUAAGGAGGCAUUGCAGAGUGUGUUCAAGAUUAAGCCGGCUGCUGGUGGAGAUGAUGCAGCUGCGAAUCUAUUGUCGAAGGAGAGGAUCACUCGUGCGAGAACAAUGAUGACGCCUUUCAUUUUGCGAAGAAAGAAGCAGCAAGUUUUGGACAUGCCUGAUAAGUUCCACAAGGUGGAGUACUGUGAGCUCGCGGACGGUGUCCAGAAAGAGAUUUAUGCUGAGCUUGACGCCGCUUCGAAGGCAGCUGCUUUGGCAAAGGCGACGAACGCAAAGUUGCCUAGGGCACAGAAGAAGGCUGGUGAUGUGACGAAUCACUUUAUGAACCUCCGUAAAGCGGCGAAUCAUCCUAUGCUUUUCCGUCGUAGAUACGAUGACAAGACUUUGCGGAAGAUGGCGAAUCAGAUCAUGAAUGAGGAUGUCUACAAGGACAACAACGAGGAAUAUAUCUAUGAAGACAUGACGUACAUGUCUGAUUUCGAGCUACACAAUCUCUGUAGGAAGUUCCCUACGAUUCGCAAGUUCCAGUUAGAUGAGCAGACUUGGAUGGAGGCUGGUAAGGUCGAGAAGUUGAAGAACAUGUUACCAACGAUGAAGGAGACCGGUGAUCGUAUCUUGCUCUUCUCGCAGUUCACGUCCAUGUUGGAUAUCCUGGAGAAGAUCCUGACGACGCUGAACAUCACCUUCAUGAGAUUGGACGGUCAGACCAAGGUCGAAGAACGCCAACCCAUGAUCGACGAGUUCCAUGAGGACGAAGACGUAACAGUCUUCCUCCUCUCCACCCAAGCCGGAGGUUUCGGUAUUAAUCUCGCCUGCGCAAACGUCGUCAUCCUCUACGACUGCUCCUACAACCCCCACAACGACAAACAAGCCGAAGACCGCGCUCACCGCUUCGGUCAGAAGCGGGACGUCCGGGUUGUUCGACUCAUCACCAAGGGCACGAUCGAGGAGAAGAUUCAUGCACUUGCGAAUACCAAGUUGGCGUUGGAUGAGAGCGUAAGUGCGGGUGCGGGUGGAGAGGACGACGCGGCGGCUGAGGAGGCGGGAGCGAGCUUGGUUGCGAAGAUGAUGAUGGAGGAUUAUGGGCUGAAGGAGGCGACGCCCGAUUCCGCUGUGACUGCAUCCGUGACUGCGUCUGUAACGGCGUCUGCGGCGGCUUCGAAGGCGUCAUCUGUGGGCCCGUGA